ACCACGGCCGCAUCCAUUGAUGGGCCGAUUCGUUCCGCAGCCGCUUAUCAGCAAGCGUACGUGGCCAAGCUUAACGAGCGCUGCCUGGCCCAGCUAGCGACGGGGCGUGGACCGGUGCAAGGCGGCGUUCGAGCGGUCGUACGACGAGUGUAGCGAAAGCUUGCCACCGCUCGUCAAUACGUUGCUCUGCUGGCCGAUGAAGCUGGAUGUGGCCUGCAGCUCGGCAGAACUGUUCGGGGUCGGUGCCGUGUGCCGCAUGGAGGACGUGCUGGAUGAGGAUUUCGGCGCAAACUAUCGCCUGCUCAAGCAGACCGAACAGCAGCUGACGGGGGGUGUCGGUAGCAUCGGGAUCGAUUAUCAGGUGCCGGAUUUGCGAAACCAUUCCGGUUACAUAACCAUCAAGAAAGCGUCCAAACGGAUGGGGAAAGAAUUCAGCAAAAAGAAACACUUCCUCCGCUUGGUGAGCUACUUUGUGCGCAAAGUGUUUGCGUUCAUCUUUCUCCGUGUGAUCUUCAGCUCGGUCCGCUACCAUAAUGCGUACCUUUGGAGGAUCACUUUCAACAACUUCUACAUCACGGAUCAGUUUCGAGCGCUCGACGCUCGCCGUGUGGUGGAGAAUGGCUUCCCGCUGCUCCCUUUGCGGGCGAUCCAGCAAUCGGAACUGAUCGACACGCGGGCAGGCAUUUGGAACAAGCUGGAAUUGCGGCACAUUGUUGGAUCCUUCGCUACGCUGCUGUUUCAUUGCCUUUCGACGACCGUUCUGCUGCUGAUGGACGCACUGCUGUAUGAAACGCUCGACAUAGUGGCACGCCAUUCGCGCAUUGAGUAUCAUCAGCAAGGAUUCCAUGGCGUUAACGUGACGGUGUGUCUUUGGAAAAGGUUUCAAAUGGACCUUUUUUUGCGGAUGGUUUAUCACUUCUUCAUCCCCAACCAGGUCACCGGUACGGGAGCACUCGCUGAGCUGGUGCGCAACACUGCCGAAGGAUUUCGCACAAACGAACGGCUAGAUUUCCACGCCUCGAACGAAGCGUGCCUUCCGCGCCCAGUGCCACUGUCGGGCUGGACCGUCGCCGGCAUUUAUGGACUGUUCGCGCUGCUGGCCCUUCUCAUCACGACCGAAGCGUACGUCCAGCGGGCGCGCCGUCUCAUCUGCUCCUUUUUCUAUCCUGGCCGGGAGCAGAUGCGUACCGCUUACCUGUACAAUCGUGUCCUGCGGCAGACGCGCACUCUGCAGGCGACCCUCCCCGGGCGUAUCUUACAGUUAGCGGACAGUAGUGGCUCCUGCCGAGUGCUCCCGUUUUUUGACCGGCUCGCCUUGCAUCAUCCAAACUGGUUCGGCUGGACCCGCGCCGGUCGACGGUGUGCGGUGUGUCGGGGCGCCGGAGCACCGCAGGAGUGUCAGCGGCCGGACUGCUUCCUUCGCUACUGUGCCGGCUGCUGGCAGGACAUCGAUCGGCAGUGUGUGGUCUGCGGCGACCAACCUACCGACUGCUCGAACUGUUGCAAUCCGCUCGGCAAUCUGUCGACGGCCUGAAGCAGCGUACCAGACAGACAUGACGUGCCGUGACAUCCGCUGGCAAGUAUUUGACAGCACCGUUACGCACACACACACACACACGCGCAAUGUGCCCCUCGGGCUCGUCAAAGUUGGCCGGUACUUGCCACCGGUUGGCUCGUGGCUGGUCCCGUUUGGCCUUUUUGGAUCCGGAAGCAAUGUUCGAGCAUGGAAUCUUCCAGCGCACCGACACACUCACACACAAACAUACCGAUGCGGUGUGAUGGAAACUCAACGCAGCGUAACGGGCACAGCGGAACGGGCGGAGAAGGGUUUCCCCUUGCCCAGGCGGGAUCAUGCUACAACACGGUCACUGACUGUGGACCGUGUUGGCCGUCGGCAGCAUAAUGAACACACACUUAAAAUAAUCAUCCCGAACGAACGCAGCAGCCACACAUACGCACACAUGCACACACACACAUUACAUGAUCGCGGGCACGGGCGCGCCUUGUUCGGUCAACUGACCGACUGCCAGGCAGCGGGAAAACAGAUCGGGAUCAGUAGCCCCGCGCACAAUUCGGCCAUUCGUAGUGUUGCGAUAUGAUCGCCGGGAUGCUUGGGGAAGCGAUGAUGGUACCUGACUGGCUGCGCGGAGAGCGAUCGUGAUGGGCGGCUAUGAAAUGGGCAUCAUUACUCAGAAGCUUGUUGCAUUACUUCUGGAGAAAGUUUCUUCCACUUUGGUGCAAAUUGUGAAUCGUAUGGUUGAAAUAUACAAUUUUGUUUAUUAUUCGAUAUUUAGUCUUUUGUAGUCGUU